AUGGUGGACUCGUUUUGGGGUCCUCAGACCUCUUAUCUAAACUUCUGCGAAGAGGAUUAUGUGGUUACGCGAUAUAUCGCUGAAUUCAUCAAUACCAUCAGUAGUCUUACAUAUGUGGCAUAUGGACUCUAUGGCUUGUUGACCUCGCCCAAGUUCCCCACGGGUCCCCGGUUGAUUUCCUACUGUGGACUUAUGGGUGUGGGAAUUUGUUCGGCUGGGUAUCACAUGACUCUGAAGUAUCACACUCAGAUGUCUGAUGAGCUAUCGAUGCAUCUGCUUACUACGCCUCUGAUCUACCGUCUUCUCAGCUUCAAGGCCUCGCCGGAAAAGACGAGGCUGAUUGGAAUUGUUCUUUCAAUCAUGUUUACGGUAGUUAUGGUCACACACAUGGUCAUGGACGAGUUCCUGCUCCAUGCUACAACGUUUGGCUUGGGUAUUUAUGUCAUUGCUACACGAGUUUUGAAGAUUAUUCCUCAGCAGGUGAAAGACCCUGCUACGAAGAAGAAAUUUCAAAACAUUGCUGUCCUGGGUCUUGGAUCCUUUGGCUUUGGAUACAUGGUCUGGCUAAUCGACGAGUUCGCCUGCCGAUACCUAACAAAUGCAAGACACGCCAUUGGUCUUCCCUUUGCUUUCCUACUCGAAUUACACGGAUGGUGGCAUGUUCUCACCGCUUUCGGAGGAUAUACUGCUGUGGCAGUCAUCGAUAUUGUUACCACGGGAGAAGUGACAGGGGAUCCUACUGAUAAUUUUGCUUGGCCGGUUCCUCUUGCGCUUAAGCUUAUGGAUAAUCGGGACAGCUCGGUGAAGCAGGGGUGA